ACUCCCGGUCCCACCUCUUGAUGUGGUACGCACACGGUGGCGGGGUGCUAACUGCUAACAGCUAGUUUGUUUCUGCAAACUGUUUUACAGUGGCAGGGAUUACUUUAACGAUUCUUUUUAAAUGAGUUUUUGUUUGUGAAAUAAUUUGUAAAAAUUAUUGUCAUGGUGAAUUUUUAAAUGCGUCCUCACAGUUCACAGCAUGAUCUACUCCCACUCUACUCACGGUCUUUACAUUUGAAUGACCAAAAGAAGUUUGCGUGCAAGAACGGCCGAGGCUCACUUUUGUUUACAUCUGUGUUGAUAGUAGCACGUGUGAGCGAGACAGCUCGUUCAGCUGUACACCAAACAUGCACGGACAGGGCGGCCAUAGCAACGGGUAUCAACGGGGUCUGCGAACAAUGGCCACAAAAACUCUCGGGGGCCGGGAGGGUCAUGAAUUGAUUGUUAUUUGUUGUCCUUGGUGUGAGAGUGUGUGCUGAAGAACACGUUGAGUGCGAUAAAAUACCAAAAUACCUUUCAAGAGGAAGCCUUUUAUUGUAACAACGCUGGAUUUAAUUUAAAGAAACGCCUUACGGUCCUAAUUCGAUUGAACUUUGAAGCCAAGGAAAUGUUAACUUAGCUUAUUUGGGACUGCUGAAUGAAUCAUUGAAUUGAAUGUUCUGAAACUUGAAUGAAAUGGCGAGCACGAAAGCAGACCCAGUCAACACAGGUCCUCUAAAACUGGAACACGACAUAACACCCCGAGACCUUCAUCACAUCAACGCAAUUGGCCUAUCCAAAUCACUCGGUGAUUCACAUAGAUUCAAAGGCUUUCCAGAUUCUAAUUUUGUUCAGGGAAGAGAUCCUCUCCGUGGUUCACCUAAACCCAUCCCCACAGUUACACACAGAAGACCGCAACAUUUUGUGAAAGGUGUUCCUUUAGAUCACAAACUACAGAAUAAUGUAGAAAGCAGUGAAGAGACAAUGUUUCAGAAUGGGAGACCUAACGUUAUUGCAAAGAAUGGAGUGCAGUAUGGUUCUGAAGAACAUGGCACAAUGCCAAAUGUUCCGAUGUCAGCCAAAAAGAAAACCCCCUUCUGGAAUGAAGAUAGAACGUCUGCUGAAGUAAGAAAGAAAGUGAGGCAGAUGAGAGAGGCUGAAUGGGAUCAAUCACAGUGGAAGACUUUUAAGAAAGAACAAUCGAAAUCAGAUGUAGAGACAAAGAAGAAGGAUCUUCAAAUGCUAAGAGAUUAUAAACCGUUUGGAAGACCAGGAGCUGGAGCACCAAGAGGAGAACGAGAAGCCUAUAGAACAAGGGCUGUAUCUGAUGACCAACUUAAUGAUGGACCAGAACUUUUGAAAUUCCUUCAGUUUGGCAAACCUGGCAACGGGGCACCGAUCCGGACCGACUCUGGCAAGUUGAAGGCUAGUAUCCGAGCAAACAAUGAUAUCAGAUUCAGAGAAGGAGCAGGAAUGAGAAAAGGGGUAGAGAAUAAUACAAGAUAUACCAAUCCUAAGGAAUAUGGAGAUAAAGUUAACUCAGAACUGGGAAACAUGGCAUUAGAAAGGAGAACAGUAAGAGAAAUGGAGAGACAGAUGGAGAAAGAGGAAGAGAGAAAAACGUGGGAGUAUAAUCCUUUUGGAAAAUCUGGUGCUGGAGCUCCUAUCAAGACUGAAUCGGGUAAUCUAAAAACUGGAAGAGCCAGGACACUUGCCAAAGACCCACUGGAACUGAAACAGAUUGAAGAAAAACCACACAUGAAGAAACUUGCACCAGAAGAAGGCAAUACUGUACAAUACAAUCCAUGGGGGAAAGGUCACGGGGCCCCAGAGAGAGAUGCCGACGGGAACACCAAGAAGCUUACGUGGGGUGAUCCAAAUACUGCUUCAGAAAACUUUGUACCUGUCAGCACGGGUGUUGCUUUAGAAACCAAACCAUUCGGAGGUGGUGGUCAUCAGAUUGAUGAGAAGGGAGAGAAGAAAACCCGUUUCCAUCAGACGUUACAAAACUCUUCAAAUCCUGGAGGAACUUUACGUGGCCCUCUUCGGCAGACAGAGUUCAUGAUUGAGGAUGGUGUGAAGAGAGAUUCCAGCGAGCCAUGGGGUAAACCUGGCGGGGGCGCACCUGUCUACUUACCAGAUGGUAGCAUCUAUGCUGCUAACAGGGGUAAAGCCGUCAUGGACCUCAUGGGUGUAGACCCGCCCAAACGAGAAGAGGUUCAAGCCAAGCACCAGUAUCUAGAAUCACUCAAAACUGAGAUUGAUUAUCAGAAAACUCAGAAACAGCGUGAAGCAAGGGAAAUCAUGAAACCAGGAGGGGAGACUGUGAACUGGAUCAGAAGCAAAGAAAUUGGAUACCCCAGUAAAGACCCAACAACAGGCACUGCUCUACCGAUCCAUCAUAAGGCUACAUCUGAUAUCACAAGACAUGUGAUGGACAUCAGAAGACCAGGACUGGAUGCACAGGACUAUAGAACAGACUUAAUCCAUCAAGCUGAGCAGAGGAAUAGACAGAAGCAACUAGAGAGAGAGAUUUCAAGACACGAGAUUUCCAAGCAUCAUCAGUAUUUGGGGCAGAACUGGGGUAGACCAGGGAAUGGCGCCCCCUACGAACCAGCGAUGAAGAGACAUGCUCUUGAUCCAGACACGUUACAUCAGAUGAAAAGGGUUCCUGAGCCAGCCAAGACGUGGGCCCGUACCAAGGCUCUAGAGGGCAGGUUUCGAGAUCCGGCCAACCAGCCUGGAGUGCCUCGCCAGAAUCCUCUGGUAGAUUCUACUGCAGUUGUGAAUGGAUCAUAUCAUCUCAGAGCACCGUGGGGAGCUUACUCUGUAUAGAACCAAAUCACAGUCAUCAAGUGCCUAGAAGGAGAAAAAAAAACAAGCAAAGGAAAAGAAAAAAAAGAGAUAAAAAAAUAAUGAAAGGUUCUGCUUAAUUAAAGCAAUAUAGGAUUCUAAGCUGCUUUUACACAGUUGGUAAUUGGGAAAUUUUAAUUUGUUUUCAAUAAUUUGAAAUGGGAACAAGUUUAUUGAUGAUUAUAUGAAUAUAGGUGCAUUUUUAAUUUUGGAAAAUUUUAGGCAGACUUUAAGUAUUUAUUAGUGAAAGACUACCAGGUGUGCUAUAGUACAAACUUGUUGCUAUGCAUUUGUAUAUAAUGUAUGAAAUGUUUAUAUGACCUGUAAAUAUACAUUGUAAAUAUGAACCAUACAGUCUGUAUAUUUUAUUAUGUUUUCAUACUGUAUAUGAACAUUACAUAGUUCUGACAAAUCUUCCAAUAUAAACUAUAUUGUAAAGUAAGAGAUUACAUGUACCACUUACAUAUGUUUUGUAAGAGAAACAAAAUAUUUUCCAUUUUCCAUUUAUGAAUUCCGUGUGAAUAUUGUUGAUACCGAACAAAAAAAUGAAUGAAUGUAAUAGAUGAAAGGAACACACUAUUUUAAUAGGAUUUUUAAAAAGCAAUCAACUUUAUGAAAUUUGAAUGGCUCAAUUUGAUGCAAGUUGAAUAUGUGUGCUUGAUGAAUAAUGCAAACAGACAGGGUCUAUUUGUUAUGUGUGCUUGAACAGAAAAUGUACACUAUGUUAUUUUAUAGACUGAAGGAAACAUGUUAAGUUAAAUUUCUAAUGCCUGUACAAUUAGAAUAAGAAUAUGUUAAAUUACAUUUUACAAAAAAAAAAUCAUGGAUAAAAAAUGAAGUGUUAUUUAUUGAAUUAGACUUAAUUAUAAGUAAAGCUGCCAGCUAUUCCUAUGCAAGAAUUUAAGAUUUGCCUGUUAAAUGAGAUGCAAUUGUGAGGUAUUUAUAGUGUAUGCUGUAUUGUUGCCUAUAGUAAUAGGUUUUGUAAAAUUAGCAAUACGUUAAGUUGUACUGAAAUGUUUCUUUGUUGUGCAUGUUUUAUUUGUAUGUUGUUUUGUUUUGGUCUUAUGAUAAUAACUUUAUCCAUCAGGGAGGGAAUCAAUAAUGAUUAAAACCGAGAUGUUGAAGAAGUUGACUUUCCAGUACUUGCAAGUACAAGACUGAGUAAAUGUGUUGCAUAUGUCUGUGUUUAGCAGUUAUUUUGUUUUUCUUCACAAGGUAACUGAAAUGCUAUCAAGCCAAGGAUGUAAUAUACAGGAAAUUGAGAGACAGUUAUUGUACUCCACCUCGUACCCCCACCAGAAAGUUAUUACUUUCUUUAUCUUUUUUUCCCCCCGAGUAAUUCAUGAAUUCUAUAGAACUAAUAAAGAUAUAAUUGACAUUUUUUCCUCAAGAUUGCUCACAUUUAAUGAUUGAAAUAAAAUACUAAUUUUGUACUGGUCUCGAUAAAAAAAAAGAGAGUUUUUGAAUUGAGAUAAAUCUGUGCAAUAGCAAAACAUGUUUGGCCUUUAUAGAUUCUGCUUUUAUUCUUUUAUGUAUUCAUGCAAGAAAUCAUGAAAAAAAAUCAGUUUUUACCUCUUUAUUGAUACUCCAUCUUUAUAAUUCAAUGUUUUUUCCCUUUAUAUGUAAACUAUGAUUUUUCUUAAACUGUAAGACUUUGGAUUGAGAAUGCUCUGUGACUGCAAUUGUGCACUGUCAUGGCUUGGUAGUUGUUUUUGUUAUGAUAUGCUGUCUAUAUUUUGUAUACCGUAACAACGUAUUAAAAUCCAUAAUGUACGUACAGGCAGCUGUACGUAUUAAGCAAUAAAUAUUUUGCAAAAUAUCA